AUGAGCUCGAUGGUGGUACCAGCCGCGCCUAUAGAGCUCGGAUCCAACGGCGAACCUGGGCUCUCGAACCUCACGGCUAUGGCGACGCUCGAUGACCCUGUACCUGAUUUACUCUCCCCAGAGUCUGCUCUUGAUGAUCAUGAGGGCCUUGACUUUGUCCGGGAGUUCUAUCUUCCAAGGAGCCCGUCUUACUCAGGCUCGGAAGCCGACACCGAGUCUACGAUAGAACAGCCGUUAGAUACACCGAGCGAAACGAAUGCCGAUUCUACGACCGAAAUGGAUUCGAAUGUCUCUAGUGAGUCCAAUGACGAGAUCAACAUCAACAAUAUCCAAAUCACCGAACAGAACGAUUUUGUUAUCAUCGCUGAAGAUCCCGCCACCAAAGAGAUAUACAACUUUUUUGUUUCGAAAGCAGUGCUUUCAAUCUCAUCUCCAUACUUCAAAUCUCUCUUCCAACAACACUCGCCGAAUGUGGAGCUCUACGCUGACCAGUUAGCCGAGGUCAGGGGGCUGGGGGUUAAACCUGGAGAGCUAUCCAUUGCUGGAGAUAAAAUAAAACUAAAAGGGACACCGUCUGCUUUUCGUUCGGUUCUCAGAAUUCUUCACUUCUGCCCUGAAGCGAACCUCCUUGAUAUCAAUUUUGAAUCUUUGAGAGACAUCGCGUUCGUUGCAGAACAAUACGGUUGGACGAAGGCACUUCAGCCUUGGAGUACAUCAUGGCUUCCAAUACACUCGAAAUUUGUGCUAUACUCGGGAUAUGAGGAUUGGUUAUAUGUUUCCAAAGUUUUCGGCACCGAAGAUCGGGUUGACGAACUAGUAGAUACGCUGUCAAGAAGAUGCUCCCUUAAUGAGGAAAAGGUCUCAAGGAGCUUUUGUACCUUCAAGCGUGUUUUGAAUACGGAGCUUUGGCCGACUAACUUAAAAGAUCGUAUCUUGAACUUGAGACAGCAAAGGAUCAACCACCUGCAUUCCUGUGUUAGGACUCUACUUUGCGUCCUCAGAUCUAGAAAGAAUAUCGAAUUGAAUCUAGAAAUCUGCACUGAGCCUGGAGGGAUUCGAAGCGACGAAUUGUGGAAUCGUCUUUGUACCUCUGAUCAUUGCCAUGCACUGGCUUUUGGGUCUCUACUUCAGUCAUCAGACGCUAUCGAUCUGAAGAUCGCCAUCAGUGACAAAGAAUUGGUUUGGCUUGGCUCAACAGACGAACUUGAAAAACGCUUCCGGGAAUAUAUUAACAUCGGUACACUUAAUAGUAUUAUAUCCGGGCAUAAAUGCGCUAUCCAGGGCCUCAAAGCCAGUCUAAAUAAAUGCCUGGCGGAAGAAACCAUCUUGGAUCCAAAAUCCCUCGCGAGAAAACUACUACAGACCGUGCUGUCUGCCCAAGGGUUGGCGUCUACACCUAGUUCAAUAUAA